AUGUACCACUGGACGACGGCUGAUAUAGAGACGACGCUUUCUCACGAGUCGCAAUUCGCGUUCCAUGGCUAUGCCGUUGAGGGCCUUUCGGUGGUCGGCGAACCAUUGCACGGAUCACUGACGGAGGAGCCCGGGUCUCUUGGCCUGCCUGACAGCUCUCUGGAACGAGAAACGAGUCUCCUCAUGUUGUACUUGGACCAUGGAUUCCGGCUCCAAUUCCCGGCCUAUGAGCCUCCACUGUCCGCCGGAGGCCGGACCUGGCUGCUUUCCCUGCUGACUUCCACGAAGCCCACCUACUACGCCACGCUCAGUCUUGCUGCCAGGUACUCGAAGCUCUUACUUCCACAAGACGAAGUCUCCGGGGUGCAUGAACUAUGGCGGGAAGAAGAAAUGAAGCAUCGGCCCAUUGCCAUGGAGGAACUGCAAGCCUGCGUGCUUUCCCUGACAACGAGUGGAAGCCCUCACAACAUACGAGCCACUGUCAAUGCUCUGGCAUGCAUGAUGCAAAUGUUGAGUCUUGACUCACUGGAGACCGGAGUAGAGUACUGGACAAGCUCCUUGGACAUGGCGGCGCCGCUGCUCAUAACCCUCGCCGAGUUCGUAGAGGCGCAGCCUGCCUCAUCCGACACUGCUUCUUGGACCGCCGUCCCCGUCCCACCGUCCUCCUCCGACCGACCGCUAUCCUACGAAAGCUCCGCCGCCCUAAAAUUCGUCACCACAGCAUUCAUCUGGAUCGACGCGCUAUCCCGCAUCUCGACCGGCACCACCCCGAUCUUCCACUCCCACAGCCACCUCCUCUCCACCCACGCCACCAUCAUCCAACUCGACCAGCUCACCGGCUGCGCGAACUGGGUCCUCUCGCACAUCCUCGCCAUCGCCGCGCUCGACCGCUGGAAAAAAGACCAGCAGCGCACCCACCGCCUCAGCCUGCGCGACCUCGCCGCCCGCGCCGCCGCCAUCGAGACGCAGCUGACGUCCACCGCCGCCGCCAGCCUCGGCGCGACGGACUCGCUCGCGACGCGCUUCGCCGCCCUCGACCCGCGCCGCAGGGCUGCCCGCGUCUUCUGCACGACGCACGUCUUCGCGCUGGCCGCGCUGUCGUACCUGCACGUCGUCGUGUCGGGCUUCAACCCGGCGCUCGACGAGGUGCGUGCGAAUGUCGGGGCCACGGUUGCGGCGCUCGAGGCGCUGCCGGAUGCCCGGUUGCUGCGGCACCUGGCGUGGCCGUUUUGCGUGACUGGGUGCUUGGCUGAGCCGCACCAGGAAGAGGGGUUUAGGCGCAUGCUCGCAAGGGCGGAGGCGACGGCGGGAGAAGGAGGAAGUAGCAGCGACGGUGAUGAAGGUGGCGACCCGGCGCUGCUGCGGUGCCGCGCCGCGCUGGAGGUGAUGGAGGAGAUUUGGCGGAAGAGGAGGAACGGCUUGCCCCUGCCCAGCAGCUGGGACGGCGCGAUACAGCUGCACGGAGCGCCGGUCCUCCUGAUCUGA